CUUCUUAGUCUAAAGAAGCAAAAAAAUAAAAUAAAAAUAGUCUUUGUUUUUGUAAGUGAAAAAAUGGGAAGUUUUAGUAAGGUUGUGUUGAUGUUGAUGUUGAUGUUGGUGGUGGUGGUGGCAUUUGUUAGUGCUUAUGAUGUUGAAGAAGAAAGGGGAGAAGAAGGGGAAGGGGAAGGAGAAGGGUGGUUUUUGUUGCAUGAUUCAAAAGAGGUAGUAAGGACUGAUGCUGGAGUUAUGAGAGUUGUAAGGAGGGGUGGAUUUGGUGGUAGGGGUGGGGUAUCUUUGUUUCAAAGUCCAAUGCAUAUUGGGUUUAUUACUAUGGAACCUAAUACUCUUUUCAUUCCUCAUUAUCUUGAUUCUCAUCUUACUCUCUUUGUUCGCAGAGGGGAAACAAGAAUUGGGCAUAUAUACAAGGAUGACUUCACCGAAAGGCGAUUGAAGGAAGGAGAUGUGUAUAGUAUUCGUGCAGGAUCUGCUUUUUAUCUUGUUAAUCCAGCUGAAGGACAAAGACUUCAUAUCAUUUGCAGUAUUAGCACUUCCAGCAGCUUAGGAUUGUAUGGUUUUCAGUCUUUCUUCAUUGGUGGUGGAAUCUAUCCAACAUCUAUCCUUGGUGGAUUUGACAAACUGACAUUAUCAACAGCAUUCAAUGUAUCGUCAGAAGAAGUGGGUGAGAUCUUGACAAGGCAAUUAUCAGGUGCAAUUGUACCUCUGAACACUACUCAUUCUCCUACACCAAGCAUAUGGGCAAAUUUCUUGAAUCUUGAGCAACACCAGAGACAUGAUCACCUAAAGAGAAUAGUGCGUUUCGAGGAAGAAGCUAGCUUAGAAGAAGAGGAAGAUGAGGAAAGGGAGCAACAACCACCAUGGUCUUUGAGGAAGUUCUUGAAUAGUCUUUUUGGUGAUGAAGGAAACAAGAGAGACAAGAAACGAGGCGAUGAAGGAAGUAGAGGCAGAGGCAAAGGUCCAGAUUCUUACAACUUGUUCGAUAGGAAGCCAGAUUACAAGAAUGAUUAUGGAUGGAGCUUGGCCUUAGAUAAGUCUGAGUAUCCUCCAUUGAAACACACUGACGUUGGCGUCUACCUCGUCAAUCUUUCAGCGGGAGCUAUGAUGACACCUCACAUCAAUCCAACAGCAACAGAGUACGGAGUAGUGUUGAGAGGGAGCGGCAGCAUCCAGAUCGUGUAUCCAAAUGGGACACUAGCAAUGAACGCUAUAGUAAAUGAAGGAGACGUAUUCUGGGUGCCAAGGUACUUUCCCUUCUGUCAAAUUGCAUCAAGAACUGGACCUUUGGAGUUCUUCGGAUUCACGACGACAGCCAAGAAGAAUAGGCCACAGUUCUUGGUAGGUCGGGAUUCGAUACUGCAAAGCAUGAGAGGACCUGAAUUUGCAGCUGCAUUUGGUGUUAGCGAAGAGAGGUUGAGGAAGAUCUUGGAUGCUCAACGUGAAGCGGUAAUUCUGCCAUCAGCGUCGGUCGCUCCCUCAGAGCCGAUGGACCCCGGGGAGGAGGAGCAAGAGGGAGAAAGAGGGGAGAAGGGAAAAGAGAAGGAG